CAUAGACCGUUCGUUCUUGUCCAAAACCAGCAUUCGAUGACCACCUGAGAGAGAGUGAACAGGGAAGCAAAUGGGUUCAUCAUCUCAUCUUCUUCAAUCUCUCCCGCAAAUGCCUCCUCCUUCAACAGUUCCCGCUAAUCUACCUCUACCUUCACUCCCUUCGCACUUUAGUUCCCCCGGCGCACGACCACGGAUUUCAUACGUAGCUUGUGCUGGAAAAAGAAGCAGCAGCACGGACGAUUAUCACGCCACUCUCCGAGCCCUCAACUCCAAAGGCCGUUCCCCUAGAAAAUCUCUCGGUCAGCAUUACAUGCUCAAUUCUACCAUAAACGAGGAGCUUGCGCGCGUGGGAAAUGUUGAAGAAGGAGACCUGGUGCUCGAGAUUGGACCAGGCACUGGUUCCUUGACUAACGUUCUCAUUGAUGCCGGUGCCACCAUUCUCGCUAUUGAGAAAGAUCCACACAUGGCUGCUCUUGUAAGGGAAAGAUUUUCAAGUACUGGCCGUUUGAAGGUUUUGCAAGAGGACUUUGUUAGGUGCCACAUUCGCUCCCAUAUGUUGCCAUUGUUGGAAAGUGUAACUUCAUCAAAUGCUAAGCCAAGAUAUGCAAAAGUUGUCUCCAACAUUCCUUUCAAUAUAAGCAAAGAUGUAGUCAAACAACUUCUUCCGAUGGGAGAUGUGUUCUCAGAAGUUGUUCUCUUGCUCCAGGAGGAAACAGCUUUGCGCCUGGUGGAAGCAUCUUUAAGAACAUCAGAGUAUCGACCCAUCAACAUAUUUGUGAAUUUUUAUUCAGAGCCAGAAUACAAAAUGAAGGUCACAAGGUCAAACUUUUUCCCCCAGCCCAAUGUUGAUGCAGCUGUUGUGACUUUUAAGCUAAAGCCGACUGCAGACUAUCCGCCAGUUUCCUGCACCAGAAGCUUCUUCUCAAUGGUGAAUUCUGCGUUCAAUGGGAAACGUAAGAUGUUGCGAAAAUCACUUCAGCAUAUAUGUGCAUCCCCUGAAAUCGAGAAAGCCCUUGAGAAUAUUGGUUGUGCACCCACCUCAAGACCAGAGGAACUUACCUUAGAUGAUUUUGUCAAGUUACAUAAUUUACUUGUGAAAGUAUAGAGCUUCUAGUGCUCUGGUGAGGGCCAGUAGCCAAGUACUUACACUCGAGAAAAUACAAGGGUGGUUCUACAUCAUCCGAGCUUUGCAGCAAGAUUAACGGCGGGAACAUUGAAGGUCUCCGUGUCAUGGGAUUUCAUCAGAACAAGCGAUUUUGGAUAUAGUUUAUCUCGAGUAAAGGCCGCCUAGAUGUAUUCGUAACGCCCUAACAUGCUUCUGAGAUCUGAGAAAUCAUGCAAGUCAUUAUGUUCUGCUGACAAGGUGUGUUACCAAGAAGCAACAAUUCAAAUACUACUCGAAGCUCUUGUUAUCAAAUGUUCCUGUAGUUAUGGAAUUACUGGAUACUUGCGUAAUUGUAAAUAUAUCUCAGUACUUGUAUUUUGCAGAAUUCAUGGUUCAGCAUGGAUUAAAUUAUAGCCGAACAAAGUUGAAUUCAUGAUGCAUGUAUCCAUUCAUAACUUACAGAGGAGUCUCUAAUUCAAGAU